UCUAGCCGACGUCGCCAUGACAUCGCCUUCACGUGUGAUUUCUAUUGGAGGAGCAGUUUUAGCCUAUCUUCAUACGGUACUGUCUUUGGUUCACCCGCUUUCAACUUGUGAAAAACAUCUAGCAAACGUUUCGGAAGAGGUGUUCAAAGACUUGAAGUAACUACUUUAGCUAGAUAAUCAAUAUAUAUGGCUCGUAAUGCGGAGAAGGCCAUGACGGCCUUGGCCCGGUUCAGAAAUGCUCAGCUGGAGGAGGGCAAAGUCAGGGAGAGGAGACCGUUCCUGGCCUCAGAAUGUACUGAGCUGCCGAAAGCAGAGAAGUGGAGACGACAGAUUAUCAGUGAGAUCUCCAAGAAAGUUGCUCAGAUUCAAAACGCUGGUCUGGGAGAGUUUAAGAUCCGGGACCUGAACGAUGAGAUCAAUAAGCUGCUGAGAGAGAAAGGUCACUGGGAGGUCAGGAUCAAGGAGCUGGGAGGACCUGACUACGGGAGAGUGGGACCAAAGAUGCUGGACCACGAAGGGAAGGAGGUCCCAGGAAACAGAGGAUACAAGUACUUUGGAGCAGCUAAAGACCUGCCUGGAGUCAGAGAGCUGUUUGAGAAAGAACCCAUCCCUCCCCCCAGGAAGAGCAGAGCUGAGCUGAUGAAGGACAUCGAUGCUGAGUACUACGGAUACAGAGAUGAGGAUGAUGGGGCGCUGGUCCCUCUGGAGCAAGAGUACGAAAAAGAAGUGAUAUUGAAGGCAGUGGAGAAAUGGAAAGCGGAGAGAGAAGCGCGGCUUGCAGGAGGAAGAGAGGAGGUAGAGGAAGAGGAGGAACACAUGUAUGCUGUAAAGGAGGAUGAGCAUUCAGAUGACGAGUCUAGAGAACAGAUGGAAGGAGAGGAUGGAACUCUCACUUCCUUUAUCGCUCACGUCCCUGUGCCGUCACAGAAAGAGAUUGAGGAGGCGUUGGUGAGAAGGAAGAAGAUGGAGCUCCUUCAGAAGUACGCCAGUGAGACCCUGAUGGCCCAAAGUGAGGAGGCCAAGACACUGCUGGGGCUGUAGUGGAGAGAGGGAGAUCGAGGACUGAAUGGGCUGUAGUGGAGAGAGGGAGAUCGAGGACUGAAUGGGCUGUAGUGGAGAGAGGGAGAUCGAGGACUGAAUGGGCUGUAGUGGAGAGAGGGAGAUUGAGGACUGAAUGGGCUGUAGUGGAGAGAGGGAGAUCGAGGACUGAAUGGGCUGUAGUGGAGAGAGGGAGAUCGAGGACUGAAUGGGCUGUAGUGGAGAGAGGGAGAUCGAGGACUGAAUGGGCUGUAGUGGAGAGAGGGAGAUCGAGGACUGAAUGGGCUGUAGUGGAGAGAGGGAGAUCGAGGACUGAAUGGGCUGUAGUGGAGAGAGGGGGAUCGAGGACUGAAUGGGCUGUAGUGGAGAGAGGGAGAUCGAGGACUGAAUGGGCUGUAGUGGAGAGAUGGAGGAGAGAUCGAUCUCUCUAGGGCUGAAGGAGUGUAAUAAUGUUGGGAUGAGGUGUCAUGGCCUGCUUUUCCCAGACUAUAUAACCAACUCCUUCCUAUUCUUAGUGCUCGUACUAAACUAAUCAGAGGUUUGGCUGUAGCAGGAACAGACCUGGGACCAGGUUAGUCAUGAGAAUGGGAUAAUGUCUUGCUUGGUCUGUUGGAGGUACAGAACCACAUUGUCUUGUAUCAUGAUGUAAUGUUACAAGCCUUGUAAAUAAAUAACUUUCUUUUUUUUUUAAAAUUUUUAAAACAAUUUUACAUUUUCCGAAGUACUCUAUUUUCAUCUGAAUAAAAUAUUGUCCAUCAUUCCUUUCCA